AUGCAAGGGUCAAAAGGAUCGCAGGAGCUGGCGUUGACGCCGGAAGGAGAUCAAGCGAGGUUCGUGGGAGACACGUUCUUCGUCUCCUGUUCUUCCCAAGAUCCGGAUCUCCGAGUCCAGGGGAUUUCCUGGACGCACAACGGCAUGCUGGUCUCCACGGACAUCACGCAACCCGUGCACGUCGAGAUGCGCGGGGACGGGGAGGCCGCAGACAUCCUCUUCCAAGGCGUGAGAAACGGAGACGACGGGGAUUACACGUGCUCGGGCGUGCUCGGCGGGAAACGAGUCCAAGAUUCCUUCGCACUAACUGUCCACAACCCCGUCUCUUUCGAGGACACCCCGACCGUCCAAGCCGCCGUUGCCGGCGCGGAUUUCACCCUGGAAUGCCGGGUGAAAGGUGAACCCCCGCCUGUAGUCACCUGGAAGCAUCAGCAUGUCGGUUAG